CUUCUGGAAUGUGUCUGCAUCAGUCACCGUAGCUGUCUGAUAGCCGUCCUCGGUUCCUCAUUCCUCUAUUCUUAAGACGGGCCAGCAGGACUAAGACGAGAUGAAACCGGAUGGUGUUGACGUGGCAACAGUGGAGCCGAUGGAAGCGUUGAACGCAGGUCCUGAGAUCGAGGUGGUGCCAGCGGGUGGAGCUCAAGACCAGGCCUUGCCCGGCACGCAAUCAGAAGCCGAACCACAGCCAGCGGAGGCGCUAUCAGCAAAUGACAAGACUGGGAAGGAGAAGUCCGCAGAUCCCAAAACUAAGACAAAAGCUCCUACCAAAACAAAGACGUCCACCGCUGGUACCAAGACGUCUACCACUGGUACCAAGACGUCUACCACCAGCUCCCGUCCCACCACCGCCCAAAGCCGUUUGACCAAUGGCACGCAGAAGACGCAAGCCAACGGUGUCGCCAAAAAGACCACCACAGCCGGGCUUGAGAAGAAGACCUUGACGAGUGCCGCUCCUAAAAAAACACUCGGCUCUACUGCUGUACCCACCACCAGGACCUCAGUGAAGACGACCGAGAAGAAACCUGCGGCGGCUCCAGCUAACGGAGUGAAGAAAACCCCUGCGGCUUCAGCGAGCAGUCUGAAAUCCAACCCAAAAACAUCAGCUCCUGCUCCAAGACCCGCCUCUGCAUCCACCACCAAGCCCAUCUCCACCGCCUCUCCCAAACCUCCAGUCUCCAAGACAACCAGGUGAGCGUCUGAUCGGUGC